GACACGGUUGUCGGGAAGAUACUGUACUGUACGGCGCUGACAGGCUAAGGCAGCAGCUACAGCAGCUACCUAGUAGUUUCAUCGCACAUCGUACGGAGUAUGUGCGUAUUAUUGCUCGGACUCUGCUUCAAGCUCUGCUCUAGCCUGUCCGCUAAGAUACAUCCAUGCAGUACUCGUGUACUUCUAGAAUUCCCCAAUGCUGACCGAAAGCUGUCGCGCGUGGAGGAUCGUCCGAUUCCACGACAAGUGACGACACAUGGGCCUCGCAGGCUCGCAUACCCUGCACUUUGUCCACGAGGGGGUGAUCUCGCAACCGUUGGAGGCUUUCGCUUCCGCAUCACUUUCUUCUCCCCUCUCUACGAUGACGCCUGAGGCGGAGAAAAAGCCUGGUGUUCCUUUGGCGGAGCUGUCACAUCCGAAGGAUUCCCGG